AUUUAGCCUCUUCCAAGGUACAUUAAUUUGAUAUCUUCGGGAUUUUGCUGCCCCUAAGUUGUUAACCAUCACCGUUUGAAAGGUUUAAACCACAUCAAUGAAACCGGGUCGAGCCUGUGUGUCUAACCGACGUCCCGGCGGAGAGCUGGAGUGCUGAAGAUGACGCUGUCGCUCCUGAAAUUACCGGCUAGCUAAGCUAACGGCUAGCAUGUCCGCCUCGGUUGUAGUCUGUCACUAGCUGACAUUUAGCUAGCCGCAGUUAUUCUGUUUGGCACUCGCACUGCAGAGGACGGUCGUACAAGGCAGCUGGUGUGAAGUCCCAUGCGGAAAGUGAGGAGGUGGGAAUGCAAGACAGUUGUUAGCGGACUCACGAUGGGUAGGGGUCGAGGCCGAGGCCGAGGACGGGGCAGGGGAUCAUCUGGCCAGCUGCGGCCCCCCUCGCCUUACAGACUGCAGCUCUCUCCGUCCAGGGAGACUCUGACGUACGCUCAGGCCCAGAAGAUAGUGGAAGUGGACCUCGAGGGAAGGCUCCAUCGGAUCAACAUCACCGAUCCUCUGCCAGUUAUCACGGAGGACGAGAUGAUGGCCCAGGACAUUGCCGAGUGCAACAGCAACAAAGAGAACAGCGAGCAAACGCAGAGCAAAACCAGAUCGUGGAGGAAACCCUCCAACAGUAAAAGCAGGAGGAGCAGUAAAAAUACAUCUCACCAGAACCAGCGGUCUGGCUCCCAGCAGCACACAGGUUCUACUUAUUCCUUCCAGCACCCGUCCCACCAAAGCCCCCUGCCUGAGCCCACCUUCCGUGUGCUGAGUUCAGUCUCCCCGUCGGAGGCGCCUCCUCUCCCGACGGCCUACUACCGUUACAUCGAGAAGUCUGGGGAGGAGCAGGACAGCGUGGCCGAGUACGACAUGGACGAGGAGGACCUGGCCUGGCUGGAGAUGGUGAACCAAAAGCGGGUGUCAGACGGUCAUGCCUCCGUUCCUCCCGACACCUUUGAGUUGCUGAUAGACCGCCUGGAGAGGGAGUCCAUCCUGGAGUCCCGCAGCCAGGCUCUGUCCCAGAGCGCCGUCGACGAGGAUGCCUUCUGCUGCGUCUGCCUGGACGACGAAUGCCUGAACAGCAACGUCAUCCUGUUCUGUGACAUCUGCAACCUGGCUGUCCACCAGGAGUGCUACGGCGUGCCCUACGUACCUGAGGGCCAGUGGCUGUGCCGCUGCUGCCUGCAGUCCCCCUCCCGCCCUGUAGACUGUGUCCUCUGCCCCAACCGAGGAGGUGCCUUCAAACAGACAAGCGAUGGGCGCUGGGCCCAUGUUGUCUGUGCCAUAUGGAUCCCAGAGGUGUGCUUUGCCAACACUGUGUUCUUGGAGCCCGUCGAGGGCGUCAAGAACAUCCCUCCUGCUCGCUGGAAGCUCACCUGCUACCUGUGCAAGCAGAAGGGCAGGGGAGCGUCCAUUCAGUGCCACAAAGCCAACUGUUACCGAGCGUUUCACGUCACCUGCGCCCAGAAGGCCGGCCUGUUUAUGAAGAUAGACCCGGUCAGGGAGACGGGCGUGAACGGUACCACCUUCUCUGUGAAGAAGACUGCUUUCUGCGAGCAUCACUCUCCCGUCGGGUCUCGGCGGGACGGGUCUGGGGACGAGUCGGUGGAAGGGAGGCUGGUGGGUGGCCGGGGCAAUCGGGGUCAGAGGUCAUAUACUCAGAGCCCACCCUCGCCGCAGAACAAGAAGGGUACCAAAGGCCAGAAAAAGAAGAAUUCAAAGGGGUCUGGCGGGUCGACGCGCCGCUCAACCGUUCCUGUGCUGCUGGUGCCUCAGAUCCCCUCUCACAGGCUGAACAAGAUCUGCACAGGAGUCGACGUCCAGAGGAAGAAUCAGUUCAUGCAACGGCUUCAUAACUACUGGUUGCUAAAGCGACAGUCCCGAAAUGGGAUGCCGUUAAUACGCCGCCUUCAUUCCCAUCUCCAGGCCCACAGGACCGCCGAGCAGAGGGAGCCGGAUGAGAAGCUGAGCGCCGCGAGAGAGGAGCUACGAUACUGGCAGAAGCUGAGGCAAGACCUGGAGAGAGCGAGGCUUCUGGUGGAGCUCAUCCGCAAGAGAGAGAGGCUAAAGAGAGAGCAGAUGAAGAUCCAGCAGGCUGCUCUGGAGCUGAAGCUGACCCCCGCGUUGGUGCUUCUGCGAUCCACCCUGGACCAACUGCAGGAGAAGGACGCCGCCAAAAUCUUCUCUCAGCCCGUGAACCUGUCAGAGGUCCCAGACUACCUGGAGUUCAUUUCCCAACCCAUGGACUUCUCCACCAUGCGCACCCGACUGGACGGACACGCCUACUGCUCCAUCGCCGACCUGGAGAAGGACUUCGACCUCAUGAUCUCCAACUGCCUCAAGUACAACUCCAAGGACACCAUGUUCCACCGGGCGGCGUUGCAGCUGCGGGAGGUGGGUGGAGCCGUCCUCCGCCACGCCCACAGGCAGUCCCAGAGCAUCGGCCUGGACCCCAGCACCGGUAUGCACCUGCCAGAGGCGCCCAAUAAACACGGCUUCUACAACUGCACAUGGGACGAUGUCGACUCUCUGCUGGACCCAGAGAACAGACUGCACCUCACCACAGACGAGCAGCUGAAGGCUCUACUGGACAAACUGGACAUGGUGACGUCCAUGCGCACCAGCGGCGGCCGCACCAAACGCAUCAGGCUGCUGCGGCGAGAGAUCAACACGCUGAAGCAGAAGGUGAACCAGCAGCAGCAGCAGCAGCAGCAAAACGCCCAGUCUGUGAACGGCAAAGACAAGGAGGACGAAGGAAAGGAAGAAGAGGAGGAGGAGGAGGAGGUAGAGGAGAAGGAGAAGGAGAAAAGGAAGAAAAAGGGGAAGAGCAGUGUGGACAAUGGACCGUUAACGGCAGUGUCCAACUCUGGACCAGACGACUCUCCACCUGUGCUGGAGCUCACCUGUCCGGUGUCGUCGCCGCUGCCAGGAGACGCCCCCCUGGAGCCUCCCGUCCUGGGCAUCGUGACCGGAGGCCGGAGGUCGCCCGGCCGCUCCUACAAGCGCCAGAGGUCUUCCCGCAGCGGCAGCAAAAGCCAAGGCGAAGACGAGGCCGAGGUCGGAGAAACGGCGUCUUCGCAGCAGGAGGCCGUCCACGAGGUCACGCCGCUGGGCACGCCUCCAGCUGUGCCUUUGGUGGGCGUCGGUCGGCGCACAUCUGUUCUGUUUAAGAAAGCUAAGAACGGGGCGCGGCUGACCAAGAGCAAGUCGUCCCCACAGCAGAACGGGAAAACCCCUGAGGGUAAAGCCAACGGGCUGGACAGCACCCCGGCCAGCCCCAGCUCCCCCAGCGUGAACAUCACCACCCUACCUCCGACUCCAAACGCCUCUCCUGCUCCUGCCUCUCCUUCUGCUCACCACCUGAGGUCCAGAGGCCAGAGCUCAGAGGGCGACGCAGACAAACUCCCUCCACCGCCCAGCGAAGAAGGCCUGACGAACGGAAAGCACACGUCUGCAGAGCACGACGACGACGAGCCAAACCUGAGCGUCUCUCCUCCCAAACGGAGUCGCGGUAAACCUGCUCUGGCCAAAGUUCCCAGCAGCGAGAACGGAGACAUCUCUGGGUCUGGAAAGUCUACACUUCUGUCUUUAGAUAGUGAGACCCAACUCACGCCACUGGAUCUAGUUUGGGCCAAAUGCAGAGGAUAUCCGUCGUACCCAGCAAUGAUUGUCGACCCGGACAUGCCCCAGGAAGGGCUCCUCCACAACGGCAUCCCCAUCCCUGUGCCUCCCGUGGAGGUGCUCAAGCUGGGCGAGUGGAGGCGGCUGGAGGAAGGCGAGAAGCUCUUCCUGGUGCUCUUCUUCGACGCCAAAAGAACUUGGCAGUGGCUCCCUCGGAACAAGCUGCUGUCUCUGGGGAUGGACGACACGGUGGACAAGCUGCGCCUGAUGGAGGGGAAGAAGCCCAGCGUCCGCAAGUCUGUCCACACUGCCUACGACCGGGCUAUGGUUCAUUUAAACCACGUGAGAGGAAACCUUAACUUCACUCCCUCCACUUUUAUAUAGAUUUUAUUUAAAUAUUUUAUCAUCUUAAACAAGCUGCUUGGUUAUAUGUGCAGAAGCUUCUUCAGCGCUCUUAAACGUGACGGCGGCGGGACGGUUAGGAGGCUUCCAGCUGGUGUCGGAAGUGCUUCAAGACUUUUUACUUUGUUCAUUUAUCCGUGUCAUUUUUAAAACAAACGAAAAAAGGUUUUACACAACCACUGUGUUCAUAUAAAGUUUUUAUUUUAGGCCAAAGUGAGUGAGACCUACGUGAGGUUGUGUAAUUAUUUAACUGUCAAAGGGAUCGUCCUGAUUCAACACGUUUAGAUUGUAUUCACCAUUGAGAUGUCAAUGUGUACGAGGAAGUGUGAAAGUCUCACUGGACGUUCACGUCAUGUCUGGACUCGUCUUAAAAUGUUCUUCUAUCGCUGACAACGACAUCCCAUAAUAUAUAUAUAUAUAUAUAGAUAUGAUAGCCGGGCAGGUAGCAGAUAAACUGGAUUUUUAUCUAAAUAAAUGCACUAAAGCUUUCUUCCCUUUAUUUAGCUGCUAUGAAAUGUCUUCAUUCAGAUGUGCUUCUGCAGACGUUAAAUUGGAUCAUAGCUGUUUUUCUGCUGUGUUCUCGUCUAUUUAACACAUUUUUGGGUCCUGCUGAGCAACAGAACCGCUCCGUAGAGACCAGACAAGGAACAGUCUGAGACGGUUCAGUCCGGCUGUGACGUGUCGCCGGUGAGACUUCAGAGGCGUCUACUUAUUUUUCCAUAUUGUGAAACUGUAUUGUGAAUGUUGGAGGCGCCGGUGCAGCUGCCUGCUCGGUCAGAUGUGAAGCCACUACGGAGGUGAUUCAUGUGAUGAAGUCUACUGCGGUCGCUCGCUCCAGAAACCUGCAUUUGUUUGCAGAUCUGGCUGAGAAGACCUGAAAAGCACAAAUGGUCUGUUUUUAAAAAAAGAAUAAGAAGGGUGUAGGAUGGGUGACUCCUGGAGCCAUAUGUGUGGCCUGUGUGUCCGUGUACAGCUUAUACAUACAUGUAUACAACCUGAGUGUAGUCACAGUGCAUGUGUAUAGUUCUGUAAAUAUGUAAAUGUAUGUUUAUAUUGGCUUACAUGAAGUAAUUUAAGGAAUGCAAAAAUCAACUUUAGAAUUUAAUUUAUAAUUUGUGGCAGUCGAGAGUGUUAUUUAAAAAGUUAAAUAUUGAAAAGAUUUAUGUCUGAUGCUACGUAGCUCUUUGUAAUAGUGACGGUGUUCACCACCACGUCGGAACAUACUCUCUAGCAGCGAGGCGGCACAAAGACCCGGACUCUGCAGGCGCCGGCGGCACCGCCCGCCCGCCCGCGGGUUCUUUUGUUUUCUUUCUUGGUGGCGCAGGAGAUUUUUGAUCUUGCCAUUUAAAUUGUACCGCAAGAUCUGUAAUCUGCCUGAGACAAUAUUUUCUCACACAGGAAUAAAUGCUGUUUGAAACAA